UCCAGCAAUCCGUCGAAGUAAACCGAAAAUGGCCACCACGAGCGGUGAUAGAGAUGCUGUCGUCUACAUUAUGCCCCAGAGGAUCCCUAAAAGAAUGUUGCAAGACAUAAAAAGUGCAGUUCUGCGUACGAAUAUCCCAGUUGCUGAAAAGUUUGACCAAAGCGUGAGUCACAUAGUAACAAAAUACACAGAGUACGAUCAGGUGGUUCGACAGCUUCGACGUGAUGGUACUUUGGACACCGGUGACAGUAUAGAACUAUCUUCACAAGUUGUUUCCCUUCCAUGGCUUUCUGAAUGCCUAAAAGAAAGAUGUAUUGUUCCUGUUGAGCAAAGUCACAAAAUCCAGAACAAAGAUCAACAGAGCUGUCUUAAAGAAGCAACACAAACUGCAAAGAAUCAGGACAAAGCAAUUAUUCCAAGUUGGGCCUGUCAGAGAGUGACGCCUUUAAAACAUCUAAAUGAGAAAUUUACAAAUGCACUGGAGACUUUGGAGGAGCAUGCUGAAUUUAGAGAUGGGGAGAACGACUAUUCAAGAGCAUUGGCAUUCCGCCGUGCAUCCUGUGCCCUCAAGAGCCUUCCAUUCCAGGUUGAGCGGAUCAGUCAAGUAGAAGGCUUGAAGGAUUUUGGUAGCCAUGUUCUUAGAGUGAUGGAGAACAUAAUUGAAGAUGGAUACAGCGAAGAAGUGAAGAGGGUUUCGGAUGAAUGGUUUUCUUUGAUGAAGUUGUUUACCAGUGUUUAUGGUGUUGGACCAGCACAGCCAAGAAAUGGCUUAAAAAGAUGGAAAUCCAUUGAUGAUGUCCGCCAGCACAACACCAACAUCAAGGAUGAACGAAUAUUGUGGGGACUGGCGUAUCACGAGGACCUGACGGACAGCGUGAAGAGGGUGGAGGCGGACGUGUUCGUGAGGCUGGUGCAGCGGGAGGCGGAGGCCAUCCUGCCGGGCGUCAUUGUCCAACUGACUGGGGGCUUUAGAAGAGGCAAAUUAAUGGGCCAUGACGUCGACAUCCUCCUGACUCAUCGAGAGGAAGGCAAGGAGCAGGGCUUGCUGACAUCCCUUCUGAAGGCCCUGGAUAGGAGACAGAUGGUUUUGACCGGCCAGUGGCUGAAGAGCACGUUCACCUCAGACGACUUUCAUCGAGACUCCAAGUCCACCCUUGACCAGUUUGAGAAGUGGCUCGGCAUCUGCAAGUUCGAGAAGGCCUGGUCAGCCGAAAACUCGGGUUACGCAUGCGCAUCAGUUGGGAGCGACGAACCACGUAGUGAGGACCCUGAUGACGGAGCAGCGGGGAACAGGGAUAAACCGCCUGACGACGCGACCAGCGCCCCCACGGCCUGCAAACGGCAGAAGACAGACAGCUCUUCUGCCCCUGCCCUGCCCCCGUCGUGCCGGUCACGUGUCCCUACCCUGCCAGGACGUUCUUCAGACCGCACGUGGAAGGCGCGGCGCGUGGACCUGAUUGUGGCACCGUACUCGCAGUACUUCUACGCGCUGGUCGGCUGGACAGGCAACAAACACUUUAAUCGCGACCUGCGCUUGUACGCGCAGCGAGAAAUGAACAUGAAGCUGUCCAGCCACGGCCUUUGGGACUCGUCAAAGAACAUUAGCCUCCCUGCAGCAAACGAGGAGGAGGUGUUCAAAAAUCUGAAUCUGGACUAUAGAGAACCGUGGGAGAGAAAUUGCUGAUGAGGCUGAAUUGGUUAGGCCAUUGUGGCGAUAACAGCUGUCUCCAGCUCAGGGCUGCAUCUUCUAACAGGCGCUGGUGCGAGCUUCCUCAAUAUGUAAGACGAGGACGGAGAACAAAAUGUGAUAUAGAAAAUGGAGUCAUGCACAUACACACACGAUAAGUAACCAAAAACAAAAGGAAGACAGUGGGAAAAAAAGAGGACAGGAGAUCAGAGCUUUUCAUUGAUCUUUGCUUUAAUCUUUCACAAUCUGAGAUUGAAGAUUUAUAGUUGAAAGAUGUGGUUCCUAGUGUGUCUAUUGUACAUCUAAUAAUCAGGUAAAACAAAGUAUAUCUUGGUUCACGAGAAGUCCAUCAUUUAAUGUCGAUUUCUUUCUUGCACCUUGUCUGUCCACAGUGACACAUAGUUGAUCAGUGUUUAAAAAAAUGUAUUCUGUGCUGUACAUGUACAUAGAAACCUCUUAAGAUUGUAUUCUAAUUGUAAAGAAAUGCAGCUUUGAAAUCCAGAGUGCAUUCCUAUUAAAAUUUUGAGGACGUCUA